GUCCCAAUGACGUGCGAUAAUAACCAGGAAACAAACUUUUUUUUGUCAAUGUAAAGAAGUUCCCUUGUACAAGCAACAUUUUUGUUGAUUUAGCUAGUUUUCUGUAUUUAAAAUGCCUUUAAUUUGUGGCGGAACUUCCGAGGCAAAAGAUGCAAAUGAAGAGGUGCAACAAAUAUGCAACGAGUUGCAGUCUCAUGCUGAGAAUAAAGCUGGGCGGAGUUUUGACGUCUUCGUCGCCAAAUCGUAUAAAACACAACUUGUUGCCGGAAUGAAUUACUUUAUCAAGGUUCAUGUGGGUGGCGAUGACUUCAUUCAUCUGCGUGCCUUUAAAAGCCUGCCCCAUGCUGGAGAAAAACUAGAGCUGCACAGCCUGCAGACAUCCAAAGCUCACCAUGAUGAGAUUGAAUAUUUCUGAGUCAAAUCUCCAGGAAAAGCCAAAAUCGUUGCGAAUAUUAUACCAUCAACCAUAAUGCCCAUGAAACCAACUGUAAUCAUUACUAAGAGAUGAUGUUUAUACGGUUAUCAAUCCUGAGAAAUAUAUUGACUUAUGUAUCAUCUAUCUAUGACAUGUGAUGGCCUUAACAAUAAUGAACACAUGCAUUAGUUUACUAGUGGGAUCAGUAUUAAAACAUU